ACUCGUCAGGGAGAGCAUUACUCAGUGUCUCUGCGUUUCGUGUGUUCACUUUGUUUAACAUGUGCAAAGAUCUGUUGUGUAUUUUCUUGGCUAAGACAUAAAUUAUAUAAGUAUGACUGGUAAGGUGAAUGAGCCUCGUCCCAAGCAUAUGGUGCAUUGGUUUAGAAAAGGACUGCGGCUCCAUGACAACCCAUCUCUCAAGGCAGGCCUGAGAAACGCUGCCACAUUUCGGUGUAUUUUCAUCCUCGAUCCUUGGUUCGCUGGAUCUUCUAACGUGGGAAUUAACAAGUGGAGAUUUUUGCUGCAGUGCCUCGAGGACCUGGACAGUUCGCUGCGGAAGCUCAACUCGCGGCUCUUCGUCAUCCGAGGGCAACCCGCGGACGUCCUGCCGCAGCUCUUCAGGGAGUGGGGGACGACAUGCCUUACCUUUGAGAAGGACCCGGAGCCCUUCGGCAAGGCCCGCGAUGCCAACAUUGUGGCCAUUGCACGGGAGAUGGGCGUCAACGUGGUCAUGAAGACUUCACACACACUCUACAAACCAGAGAAGAUCAUCGAAAAAAAUGGUGGGAAGCCGCCUCUUACGUACAAAUCCUUCCAAAACAUCCUUAUGAACAUGGACCUCCCACCACUGCCACAAGGAUCCAUCACAUCGGAGGAAGUGGAAGACAAGCAGACACCCAUUUCCGACGACCAUGACGAAAAAUAUGGCGUCCCCUCGUUGGAGGAGCUUGGGUUUGACACAGAACAGCUUCAGCAGACUGUGUGGAAGGGAGGAGAGAGUGAGGCUUUAACGAGACUGGAGCACCACCUGGAAAGAAAGGCGUGGGUUGCCUCCUUUGGCAGACCCAAGAUGACCCCACAGUCCCUGUACCCGUCUCGGACAGGGUUAUCUCCGUACCUGAGAUUUGGCUGUUUGUCCUGCCGUAGAUUCUUCAUGGAGCUGAAUGAGCUCUAUCGAAAGAUAAAGAAAUCACCCCCACCACUAUCCUUACAUGGCCAGUUACUUUGGCGGGAGUUCUACUAUACUGCUGCGACCAACAACCCUAAAUUUGACCACAUGGAAGGGAACCCAAUAUGUGUACAAAUACCUUGGGAUAAGAAUCCAGAAGCACUUGCCAAAUGGGCAAAUGGUCAGACUGGUUAUCCAUGGGUAGACGCCAUCAUGACCCAAUUGCGGACAGAAGGAUGGAUCCACAAUGUAGCAAGGCAUGCUGUUGCAUGUUUCCUGACGCGGGGGGACUUGUGGGUGUCAUGGGAAGAGGGCAUGAAGGUGUUUGAUGAACUCUUGCUGGAUGCAGAUUGGUCAGUCAAUGCUGGUUCAUGGAUGUGGUUGUCCUGUUCAUCCUUCUUCCAGCAGUUCUUCCAUUGUUACUGUCCUGUUCGGUAUGGCAGGAAGGCAGAUCCCAAUGGGGACUUUAUUCGAACCUACCUGCCUGUGCUUAAGAACUUCCCCACCAAGUACAUCCAUGAACCCUGGACUGCGCCCGAGUCAGUACAGAGAGCUGCGAAGUGCAUCAUUAGCAGAGAUUACCCCAUGCCAAUGGUGGAUCACAUUAAGCAGAGCCAGAAUAAUAUUGAGCGAAUGAAGCAGGUCUACCAGCAGCUGGUUCAUUAUAGAGGAACAAUACAUCCAGCCAUCAAGUCCCCCAAAGUGGAUCACUAUCCUCCACCACCCCCUGACUAUGAGAAGCCACGCAGCAACAAGAAUGGCAAGAGUGACAUUCAGCGCGACUCCAACUAUAGAGUACAGGUGCAGGCCUGACUCACACCGGCCUCGGACGACCAUGAGAGUUGAGGAGGUUUCUUCCUCUCUCUCUCUCUCUCUCCUGGUCGGCUCGAGUGGUUAUUCAACUGAAGGGAAUGUGGAACCCCUCCUACCCCCUUAUACUCCCCCUUUCCAUUUGAUGUCUGUACACCUGGUAGAAGUCAUUCCAGGAAAUUUUGAUGACUUGACACGUGGAGUUGUCAAUUGUGAGGGGAGGAUGUCGGGAUUUGAGGUGUUACUGUAUCCAUUAGUUGGUAAAAAAAAAAAUUAUUUAAAAGAUGUCACAAAGUGGAUCUGGUUAGGACUCAUUAUGAUGACCCAAGAUUUUAUGGGAAAUUUUAAGCUUUUAUUAGUCAUGAAUAUUAUUAUUAUUGUUGUUAAUUAUUAUUAAUGACAAAUAUUGUUGGUUUUAGUAUAUAUGUUGUUUUUUCAUGGUUAUUAUUAUUGUGGAUAUUACUACUAUCUCUGCUCCCAUUAUGAUUAUUAUUAUCAUAUUUUCUUUUUAUGAUCAUCAUUAUUAUUAUUAUUAUACUGUUUGAUAGUAUAAUGUAGUAUCCUUCAUUUAAUAUUGUAAAACAAUAUGUGAGCCUGCUAAUGUGAUUGCCUUCUUAUAAUACCUUACUAUCUCUAGAAGUUUGAGAAAUAGAAAAAAAAGUAAUUUUAAUUAUGUGAAUAUGUAUGAAAUAAUAAAUAUGUUAUAUCAGCAGGCAGAUGACAUACUGAGCUGACAAAUGUCAAAUGUACAGUUACUGAUAAUUUCAGAACACAGUGAUUGCUGAUGAUGUAACAUCCUUGCAUUAGUCGACAAUUGUUAAAGCUGUGUGAGAGAUUACACCCUGAUUUUAUUGAAAUGAAACGCUUAGACGAAAGAGAGAAUACAGAGUAUCUCUGUAUUAUAUGUAUUGACAUUACUGAUGAUAGAUGUGGAAGCAUGUUUCUCAUUAUUUAAAUCCUAUAUUAAUAAUUAGAAAAAGUAAGUAAAGCUAAAUAUAUUUUAUAUGUGCAACUCUAGUUUUGGUUUUUAUUUAUUACAAUUAUCACAAUUAUUUUCUACUUCUUUCCCUCCUCUCCCCACCCAUCCCAUCCCCUGAAAAUUUUGUACAUAUCAGAAUCUUAUAAAUUUGCUUUUGUUACUCUGAAAUGAAAUAUGUACAAAGAUUGAUUACCAUGUUACUGUAUUUGUAGAUAAGUUGACUAGGGGAACCAUUACCAAGUAUGUGUAUGGAAUACAGUAUAUAUACACAACUAGAUUGUAUGUCUUGUGCACUGGUGUGUGUGCGCAUGUGAGACUGUCCCUACCAGUGGACAGUGAGAGGUCGAUGACUGUCUGUAGCACAUUUAUUCAUAAAUCAACAAUUAUUUUAGAAUAUGGAUCCUGGGAACAAAGAGAAAAUUAAAUAUUGUAGUUACAGAAGGAAGUUUUGAGACUGAAUAAACCAAUGUUUUAUAAUGUGAAGCAAUGCGCAGUUUCUCUGUAAACCCUUUAUGACAGAUGUCAUUGAGAACAAAAUAACUGCUUUUAUCUGAUCACACUAAAUACAUAAAAAACUUUAUUUAAACAAUUGUUUUUACAACAAAAUUGGCUUUUGUUUUCUUCAUGUGUUUCUUUAUUUUAAUGUUGCCAAACAUUUUUAUAGCAAUAGUAGUAGCAGUUAUAGUAUUAAUUUUAGUAGUAGAAGUAAUGAUAUUAGAGUAACAGCAGUAGUUGGUCAGAAGUGGUAAUAACAUUAUUAGUAUUUCUGAUACUAAAACUAGUAUUCCUUUUACUACAUAUGCUGCAGUCUCUGCUAUUGUCAUCUAUUACUGUUACAUAUAUCUAAUACUGCUUACUGCACUUGCUAUUACUAUGGUGGAAAAGGCUUCCCAAAACUGAGGACAAGAUUUGGGUAUUGGAUAUUACAACUGCUAUUUGCAAUGUCAUUCAUCAUUAUUCUUUUCUCCAGAUAUAUACCUUAUUCUCGUAUUUUGUUUUUAAUCUUUAUGUCUCUUUCUACGACCUCAGCCACUUGACAUUGCAUUGUAUUUGUACCAAAGAAGUGAUGCACUGUAAUAGGCAUAAGGCAGGGAAAGCACAUUUAUAUUAAUUUUACCAUAGUUAAACAGUGAAGGAAAAUUUGAGAAGAAGAGUGGAAGAAAAAUUACCAUAAGAUGGUGGCUAAUAAGUAUAUAUUCUGUUUUUCUUUUUAUUGUUGAGGAUGUACAACUGAAUUUUUGCCCAUUUAUUACCUGCAGUUACUUUGCUGUUUACUGAAUUUCAUGGUUUCAAGGUCUGCAAAGUCAAAAAUAAUUCAUGUAAACUGGAUUUCACUUUAGAGUUUGUGUGUAUAUAUAGGGUUUUACUACCCAAUAUCUUAUAUUCCAUAUCAUGUUCUAAAUAAUGUCUUUGCAUUUUUUUAAAAGCUGGUAUCGUAUUUCACUGUUCACUAGCCAGCAGCAGAAUAACAGACCUCAUAGAAGAACUGGAUAGAGAGUAACGAAUCAAGUCAUUGAUGGCAAUAAUAAUAUCAAAGUCCUGUAAAAGUAAUGUUCUAUUGUUGCUAUAGUUUUCUGAUAAGCAUAGUUUAAUAUGAAAUUCAUACUCUUAGAUGCUAUAGAUACACUAAACAAUAUUACACUGAACAUCAUAUUUUUCCAGUGGCAUUGGGUUAAAAACAAAAUUAUCAUCUUACUGCUCAUCCCUUUACAUAUAAUAGAUGUACCUACAUGCAACAUUAUGGAUAUGGUAUGGUGCAGGCACUUAGAGUAUACAUGUACACCAAAACACACUUUCAGUGAAGUAGGGGUUAAUAACAUGGCAAAACUGCAGAUCAUUCAGAUUUGGAAAAUUCAGUAUGCCACCUAGUUCACCAAUUAAUUAUUCAGAUAGCAUUUUUGCUAGUCAAAACAAAUUAUCAUCUCCUGAUAGUGUUGUCAUAUUGUUUACUUGACCAUAUGACAAAUUACAAGGGCUUCUCCAGUUACUUUUUCUUAUUUUCUCAUUGUAGGCUACAAGUUUUGACACCUCUGCUUUAGAGGCUAAUAUAACAAUAGUGUAAACCUCCAGUAAAACAUCAGUUAAUUCACAGAGAUGUGCUUUCCAGGGAGUUUUCCUAUUUUUACUUAUGAUUAAAAUGUAAAUUUUGUCAUCUUGAUAAUUGGUUCAGUUUACGUAUAGCUUUAUGGAAAAAGUCUUUAGAUUUUAUACAAGAAAAGAUGCCUGUGUUCCUCCUCUAGAUUUUAUACAAGAAAAGAUUCCUGUGUUCCUCCUACUUGUGUCUCUGGUUAGGUAGUGUAUGUAUUUUUAUGAACAGCAUUGGGAUAUGUCAAACUGUAUAAUAAUGCAGUUUCAGAAAAUAAUUUUUUAUUAUCAUAUAUUUGAAUUAUAUAGCAUUGUGAUUGUCCUUAUGGAAAUAUACCUCUAUUCAAAUAGACUUGCUAGACUCCAGUUCAGUAGUGCAGUUGUAUCUAUGUAAUCUGUCAACCAGCUACAACUAUACUCUUGUCAUCAAAUGCUGAGUGGCUGGAAAGACCAAUCACUCUCAGCAGUAAUAAUUUUCAGUAUUUAAAUCUUGGAAUAAAUUUGCAUCUUGGACCAGUUUGAACUUCACUCCUGUAGGAUUUCUGGUUAGCUGAUGUACAUAUCUCAGAACUUAUACUCCAUUUUUCUACAAAACAGACCCUGCCCAUCAUUCCAGAAGAUAGGUAGCUUAUGACCAGCGAAGUAAAGUAACGUAAUACUCUCAUUUGUACAUUUUCAGUAAGACCCUUUUUUAGCAUGUAUAGUAUAACGUUUGUGUGAGAAUAGUUAUUGCAUCACAUUUCAUGCCUGGUAUUACAGAAUGAUUUUUUUUUUUUCUUUUUCUUUUCAACAAAGCAUUAAGUCCUGCUCAAAAUAUUCCAUUUGUUUUAAAUUGUGCAAACAUCAUGAUUAUCUUGCUCUUUCUCUCAUCAACCGUGAAAACUACUCCAAGAGUUCUUUUAUUUUCUAUUUUAACAUAGUUAUAUAAUUCUCUUUGUGAGGUAACCAGAUGAUGGUAAAAUUUAUACUCCUUUAUGUUGUUCUCAUGAUGUGAAAUUCCAGUCAUUAUGAUUAUAAAGUUAUUUUUAUAGAAAUGAUUUUUUUUAAUUAUUAUUAUUAAAGAAAAGUAUAAUAUUUUGAUAUUUACAUUAAAUGUUAAGUACACAGUCUGAAUUAUUGUAUCAGUGCAAAGAUUAUUAAUGAGUUGGUAAAUGGAUUUUGUGUAUUUAAUAAUUUUCAGAUUCUGCAAUAGCUAUACUACAGUCCCAUCAUCCUCUGUUUAUAUUAACUUUGUACAUAAUACAAAUGUCAAUAAAAUGGUUUAUUCUGGCUA